AUGGAUUCAGGGGCCUACGACUUUGCUGAUGAAGAGGAGGUGCAUUCCUUUGGCUAUAAGAGGUUUGGAAUUCAGGAGGGGACAGAGUGCACCAAGUGUAAGAAUGACUGGGCUCUGAGGGCGGCCAUUGCCCUUCUCUACGUGCUCUGUGCACUGCUCACCAUCGCUGUGGCUGUCCUCGGAUACAAAGUGGUCCAGAGAAUGGACAAUGUGACCGAAGGCAUGCAGAAUUAUGGAGGCAAGAUCAAUGCUGUGGAGACAGACUUGAAGAAAAUUGAUGAUCAGUCAGGAGAGAAGUCCGUUAAUGCCACAAGUGAAAUCAAGACUUUCAAGUCAGACCUGGAGUUCUUACAGAACAAACUGAAUGACAUUGCGCUGAGGGCAACCAGAAACCGAGACGUCCUGGACGAGCUCCGGAUCACAGGCGAUGACGUGCAGAACGGCCACGGGUCCCUGCAGAGCUUUCUGGAAGGAAACGCGGCCUCACUGCGUGGCCUCAACCAGACCCUUAUCUCCUACAGUGGUGUGAUUGACAACCUCCAAACGGACACAGCACGGCUCCAGUCAGAGAUACAGGGCCAGGCUAAAGAGCAGAGCCAGGCCCAGGUUACUGUCAGUGCCCUCAACAUCACCCAGGCCCAGCAACGCAGUCUGCUCGGCACACUGCAGAAGACGGUGGAAGACGCUGGACAGGCGGUGCAGAAACUGAAGAAUGAUUAUCAGGGUCUGCAGCAGACGUCCCGACAGAACCGGGCCGACACAGAGUGGCUGAGGGAAAAGAUGCAAAAUCUCCAGGUUUUGGCAGCGAACAACUCAGCCCUGGCCCGGUCCAACGAGGAAGCUCUUGAUGACUUGGACACGCAGCUCAGCACUCUGGCCAGUCAGAUCCAGAACACCUCCGCCCUCACCGAGGGACACGACCAGAAGAUGCGUGAGCUGAUGGACCACCAGAGAGACCACGACAACAUCACCUCAUCCAAGUUUGAUGAGAUAGAAGUACGAUUAGACAGACAUGAGAAUGACAUGGACCGUGUGACCGGAAACAUGAGCUUUGCCUCCCAGGUCCUCGGUGCCAUUAGCGUCGACCUGACCGGCCUGAGGUCCUGUGCCGAGACGGUGAUACAACAUUCAGACCUGUUACUGGUGCUGAAUGGUAGCGUGACGGAGGCUCAGGCAGAGGGCAAAGAGCUGCGUGGCCAGCAGGAUAUGCUGACAGCCAAGCUGGACAGUGAGGUCAACAACCUGGCUAUGGUGAUGGAGGAGAUGAAACUCGUGGACAGCAAGCACUCUCAGCUCAUCACCAACUUCACCAUCCUGCAGGGUCCACCGGGUCCAAGGGGCACCAAGGGAGACAAGGGUCCACAGGGGCCAGUGGGCCAGACAGGACAAAAGGGUGAUAAAGGAGACAAAGGGGUGCUAGGACAGGUGGGAACCAAAGGAGAGAAAGGUGCUGCUGGACCUCCAGGUACGACAGGUCCUCAGGGUGCAAAUGGUGGUCGGGGUCUUCCGGGGUCCAAAGGAUCGAGAGGGCCUGGAGGUCGAUCUGGAAUCCCUGGUGAUAAAGGUGUCCCAGGGAAUCCAGGGUAUCCCGGUAUUGAUGGAAAGCCGGGGAUGCCAGGAUCACAAGGCCCACAGGGGCCCCGAGGUGUAGUGGGACCGGCAGGAUUGGAUGGGCCUCGUGGGCCAGUGGGACCUAUUGGCCCAGCCGGCCCUCCAGGGCUUCCAGGGUUACCUGCAGCUGCACCUCCUCUAAUAUUAAAGCCAACUCAGUCCACUCAGGUCCCUGGAUCUCCCAAAGCACCUGAACCUCCCAAAGCAUCUGAACCAUCCAAACCAACCGAGGAACCACAAGGGUCUGUGUCCCGGCAGGUCCAGCCCCCAGUGGUCACCACUCCAACGCCUGGUUGUCCACCAGGGUUCAGAAAGUUUGGAGAAAGCUGCUAUUACCUCUCCUCUGAGCCCCAGAGACUCAAAUUUGAUGAGGCCAACCAAUUCUGCACCAACAUGUCAUCGUAUAUGCUCAUUAUCAAUGACAAUGAAGAGCAGGAAUUUGUGAAAGAUGCAAUAAACGGAAAAGGUUAUUUCUGGCUGGGCCUGACGGACAGAGACGAGGAAAAUAUCUGGAAGUGGGCGGAUGGGACCAUACCUGUUUUCAAUAAGUGGAAGCCCGGCCAGCCUGAUAACUGGACCAACGGUCAUAAAGGCGGCGAGGACUGUGCUGGUCUAAUCCGUAAUGCCUUCUGGAAUGAUUUCUACUGCACCGAGCGCAUCGGGUUCAUCUGUGAACGUGCCUCUGACUAUAAACCAGAGAGGGGACAUAACGAGAGACGGCGGAAAUCUGUUCUUGCCGACACACCAGCGAUGCCUCUCUUCGCGACCAACCCAUUCGACCAAGAUGUGGAGAAAGCUACCAGUGAGAUGAACACAGCUGAGGACUGGGGCCUCAUUCUGGACAUAUGUGAUAAGAUAGGACAGUCACGCACUGGACCUAAAGAAUGUCUCCGCUCUAUAAUGAGAAGAGUGAACCACAAGGAUCCUCAUGUUGCCAUGCAGGCGCUGACUCUUCUUGGUGCUUGUGUCUCAAACUGUGGGAAGAUCUUCCACUUGGAGGUGUGCUCCAGAGAGUUUGCCAGUGAAGUCAGUAACGUCUUAAACAAGGGCCACCCCAAAGUGUGUGAGAAGCUGAAAGCCCUCAUGGUGGAGUGGGCGGAGGACUUCCGCAAUGAUCCACAGCUGAGUCUAAUCUCAGCAAUGAUCAAGAAUCUACGUGAGCAGGGUGUUACCUUUCCUGCAGUGGGGUCCCAGGCUGCAGAGCAAGCAAAAGCAAGUCCUGCUUUAGUGGCAAAGGAUCCGUCCACCUCAUCGAACAAGAAAGAAGAGGAAGACUUGGCCAAAGCUAUCGAGCUGUCGCUGAAGGAGCAACGUCCGCAGACGUCCUUGUCGGGCCUUUACCCCAGCACCUCCAGCCUGCUCUCCUCCCACAAGUCAGACGGCAGGAAAGUCCGCGCCAUCUAUGACUUUGAGGCUGCUGAGGACAACGAGCUCACCUUCAAGUCUGGAGAAAUCAUCACUAUCCUGGACGACAGUGACCCCAACUGGUGGAAAGGGGAAACGUAUCAGGGAAUUGGACUGUUCCCCUCUAACUUUGUGACUGCUGACCUCACUGCAGAGCCUGAGAUGAUGAAGACAGAGAAGAAGACAGUACAGUUCAGUGAGGAAAUCCAGGUGGAGACCAUAGAGCCGGAACAAGAGCCUGCAUACAUAGACGAGGACAAAAUGGACCAGCUACUGCAGAUGAUCCAGAGCGCAGAUCCCACAGACAACCAGUCCGACAGCGCCGAGUUAUUACAGCUUGAAGGUGCCUGCAAUCAAAUGGGACCUCUUAUUGACCAGAAGUUGGAGGAUAUAGACAGGAAGCACUCGGAGCUGUCAGACCUGAAUGUGAAGGUGAUGGAAUCUCUGUCGUUGUAUGCCAAGCUGAUGAAUGAGGAUCCUGUUUACGCCAUGUAUGCCAAGCUGCAGAGCCAACAGUACUACAUGCAGCAGCCCGCUAAUGCAGCACAACAGGUUUACCCUGGUCAGCCUGCAUCAGGUUCAUAUGCCAUGAGCGGUCCUGCAGUGCAGGGUUACAGUGUUCCCAUGGAGCAGCUUCCUCCUGGAAGCUCCCUACCUGGUCAGCAAGCUCCCAGUGAUGUUCAUAUGUACAUGGGCCAGCCUCCAGUCUACAGCGCUGCUCCAGGCAGCAUGGCCCCACCAGACAUUCACUACCACAACCCAGCUGCCGGCCACGGCCCCCCUCCAGGCACGGUCCCCACAGGCAUGACGCACACGCAAAACUACAGCCACCCCUCCGGCCCAAGCAUAGCACCUUCCACAGACGCCGCACAGGCCCCCUACUCGGAGAAAGCCUUGCUAUAGGGCCCCCUCUGGUCACUGUUAUCCUUACACGCAAACACAUACAUGCACCAGGCCUGAUCGAAUAGUGGUCAGAGAUUAUUUCUUUUACUAUAUUUUAUGAUUUGUUUUUAUCGUGAAACACCAGAAGGAUGGAAAAUACCAACAAGAGUAAGCUAACCUUGACAUUUGCCAGUCUGUGUUAUUUUAUCUGGCAGAUAAAAAGUCUGCUUUGAUUUUAAGAAUUCGCCCCAAGUCACACUUGGUCUGAAAAUGGAGACUCGCUCUUCUCCUUCGUGUCUUCACCUGAUUUACAUGAACAUGGAGGAGACGCGCAGGAGCUUUCAGUUGCACUUAUUUAAUUUCUGGAUUUCCCUCAAACCUCGUGUUCUCAAAUCUAGAUCUAAUGGCAAAAUAUGCAUUGUCCAUUUUAACGUACAAGACCUGGCAUUAACCAUUUCCUUGUGACAGGCCUAUUCAAUAUGAUUAUUGGUCCGUAUUUUUCAAAUUUCUUUUGAAGUUUCCUGGUAAGAAUCACUUAACUUUGUCCUAAUUAAUCUUUGCUAGUUCAGUUGAAUCUAUUGUCAGUUUUUGAUCAAUCCGGGUGGAAAACAAAACAUUAACCAGUUUAUUCCUCAAACCGUACACAGGUUUUAGGAUUGAAUAGACUAGGCCUCACAUGUUUGCAUGUUCAGCUAGUUUACUGUGUGAUUAAAAAUAUUUGAGUCAUUGAAUAAUUUUAACAAGUGAACCAGUUUCUGUAGUGUUUUAUCUUUGAAACCAAAUUCCAGAAAACUUUCGAGGAAAUAAUUAAGAAAUUGCAGACCUGUUGAAUGAAGCCUAACCAAAAUGUUUCGCGAUAACAAGUGUAACUGUAACUACUUCAAUCCAACAUCACAAUCCAUAUGCAAGUACCAAUAUAAGUGAAUGCACAAAGGCAUUCCUUCAUGCACACUGGACCUGCGCAACCUAUACACACACUACAGAAAAGUGUACAGCAGUUACACACAGCGAUACACUUACAGCACUUGGCUCACACAUCAUCAGUCGUACUUGAUGAUUUACCAUCACACACCACAGCCUUCUCACUAAUCUACUGUGGUGCUGAUCGCAUCACUAAAAAAGGGGAGUUGACUUCCAUUACCUUGCUUUUUAUUUAAAUAUCAUGAAAGUGACGUUUGGCAAUGCUAAAAAAAAUCAACGUCCGGCUACUACAUUCUGUAUAUUUUGUUAAUUUUUAGAAGUACUGAAAACUGAAGCCACUUUGUUUUUUGGAGGGAAAAGAAAUGAGAGGAAUUCAAGCAUGCACAUGACUCUUGUAUAUACUGUACUGAACCAGUAGUGAAGCCACAUGAUGACCUCAUGGGUGGGAUGUCUGUUAACACAGCUCAAGGUGGGUUUAAAGGGAAACUCUGCGGUCGUAUGUGACAGAUGAAUGAAAAGGUGUAAAAGCCAAAGAGGGAAAAACCGUGGAAAACAAAACCCACAUGCUAGAUAAAUACAAGAUCGUUUUCUUGUUUUCUUUCAGUGACUCCUCACAUUAUCCUGCAGAGUUUUUCUUUAUUUCUAAAACGAGCAGUUCUGCAUCCUUGUUGCUGGAUGUAGGAGUCACUGUGUCUCCGUUCAGGAGCUGUUCUAACGGACUCGUACCACAGACUACGCUACUAAGGGGGGGGGACUCUCUGAACCUCUCCAGUGUAUUUGAAGCAUCUCUUUAGUCAGUGUUGAAAAAUUAAUACUAUGGAGUUUUUUCUUUUCUUUUUUGUAGUGCAUUUUAAGUAUGUUUUGAUUAUUGUUAAGCUAUUUUAAAUGGAGAACCAGUACAGGAUGUAUGUAUUCAGAGGUGGAGUAAGUGAUAUUCUGCCAAACUUCGUUGUAUAUUUAAAUGGCUCACACGAGAACAUGGACACUUCUCUCUGUGUUUGAUACAUGCUUGUCGUACUGUAGGGUCGAAUGGUAAUGUGAAAACUGAUCAAAACACUCCCCUCCACAUGCAUCUCAGACCCUAACCCUGUCAUAUCUUAGAACUUUUCAACCCCAAAACAGACCCUAUCUGAAGCUGAGCAGAAACUAGAGGAGAGCGCAAACCUCCGCUACGGCCAAACUGUCCCUGUAAAAUCAAUCAAGCUGCACCGACACACUCAUCGGUAUCACUUCCUUUUAAAUAUGCUUGAUUUUUUUUUUUUUCUCAAGAUCCAUGCAUUGAUUUAACUUGUGUCAAAGAAAAGACAAAUCUUGCAAUGGACCCUUGUUCAGAUCCAUGUCAAAACCAAUUGGCAGGUACAUGAAUAUAAUUUUUGGGGGAGGUGAUGUGGUUUCAGAUCCUGGACAAGUACGUUCAAGAUUUGUAAAGUUCUCUUAACCAAAUCCUCCAUAAGCUAUUGGUGACCGUGGCACGCUGAGGAAAGAUCAAAAGUACAAAGUCUACUUCUCAUAAAUUUAUAUACGACUCAUUUAUGUGAAUUUUAAGUGUCAAGUCAUUGGAAAAGAGUUGAUUUUUACAAAAGGAGUGGAAUGCAAAAGGCUGAGACUGGGAAAUUAUUUAUGUUGUAUAAUAUCGAAUGAUGCUAAAUGAAGCUGUUUUAAAUCUGUUUAACCAGAUGAAAUCAUGUGUUGAGCCGACUCUUGAGAUCCUAUCUUUCAAAUGUGCUGCUUCUCGUCGUCCCUGUGCCGCCUUAAGAAGCUAAAACAACCCGCAGCUCGAGUGCUUGGAACCUGGGACUUUGCAAACAAGAGGCCAUUUUAUUAUGCAGACCUUGUUUUUUUAUUUUAGCAUUAACUUAUUUGAUUCAAAGAUAAAGAAUCCCUUCCUGUGCUGCCUUCAAUGCUCUGGUGAACUAGUGUUAAAUCUGUUGGAUCUAAGAGGCUUCGACAAUAUCGAAGUAGCUGCUGUUCUGGAACCACGGUAGCAGAAGCCAGUUUGUCCCUCACGUCAUCCCAAUGUAACAUGUUGCACCGCAGGGUCUGCACCCCCCCGAUUAAUGUACAGGAUUGAGAUGCUGCCUGUUUCUAAGUUUGAAACCGACAUUAUUGUAACGGUUCUGUCUAAACUUGUAUCCUGCUGUUUGUAUGUAUUCUUUUAACCAUACUUAUUAAAUUGGUAUUCACAAUAAAACCAGGCCAAAUGUACAGGAAA